AUGGCAACAAGAAAUAUAGCCACUCCAUUUCCACAUAUCUUCAAUAAAGAAGAUUAUGACUAUUGGAGCGGGAGAUUUGAAGUUUGGCUGAAAGCAUUUGACUUGUGGAAUAUAGUUGAUAAAGGUUUUGUUGAACCUGAGAAUGAAGAAGCACUGAGUGAUGCUGAAAAGAAAGUUUUGAUGGAGUACCGAAAGAAGGAUACAAAUGCUCUGAAUCAAAUUAAUCUCGCUAUAGAAAAAGUGGUGUACGAGAGAAUUUGCAAAGCAAAAACAUCAAAACAGGCUUGGGAGAUUCUGCAAAAGGCUUACAAAGGCGAUGAACAAGUCAAAAAUGUACGGCUUCAGAUUUUGAGAUCAGAGUUUGAAAAACUAGAGAUGAAAGAAAAUGAAAGUGUUGCAGAGUAUUUUACAACAGUUGGUUCUAUUGUGAAUCAAAUGGCCUCAAAUGGUGAAGUUUUGGAUGAUCUCAGGAUUAUUCAAAAGACAAGAGAUCUCAAAAGCUUAACUUUGGAAGAUUUGCAAGGAGUCCUGAAAGCCCUUGAAGUAAAGAUUAACUUGUUGUAUCCCCCAUUGAAACAACCGGACCAAGCUCUUAAAUCUCAAGUUACAACUACAAGAGGUCGUGAAUCAUCAAAUCGAGGCAAAGGUAAAAAUUUUAGAGGACGUGGUGAUUCAAGUUCUCGUGGACGAGGAAGAAAUAAUCAGCACAAUGAUAGUAAUCAGAAUGACAAUAAUGAAAAAUUUCAACAAAGAGGAAGAGGAGAUCGUGGUUAUCAAAAAGGCCGAGGACGUGGAUAUAUUGAGUGUAACUAUUGUCAUAAACCUGGACACAAAGUUGCCGAUUGCUGGCACAAACAAGCAGAUGACAAGAAAAGUCACUAUGUUGAAUGUGAUUACUGCCACAAGCCUGGACAUAAAAUUACAGAUUGCUGGCAUAAACAAGCUAAUGACAAGAAAUAUGAAACAGGUUUCUUUCAUCAAAACAAGAAUGAAGAGACUCUGUUGCUUGCUUCUCAUGACAGCACGGAUGAUGAAGUGUGGUACCUUGACAGUGGUGCUAGCAAACAUAUGACAGGAUUCAUUAAAUGA